AUGUCCGACAAAUCUGCUUCUCAGGCCGGGGAGAAGGGGAAGUUUCAACCCGUCUCGUAUAAACAAUCUCAAAGCCUUCCAGGUCUUGAGCGGGAGAUGAAGCCGACGAGCGAAUCCACGGCACUUGAGGGAAGUGGAGAGUUCCACGAAUAUGCAGCGGCUGGAAAGUUGAAGGACCGCAAGGCCAUCAUCACAGGCGGAGACUCCGGAAUUGGUCGAGCUGUUGCCGUUCUUUUCGCUCGCGAAGGUGCCGACAUCAGCAUCGUAUAUCUCCCAGAAGAGCAACCUGAUGCUGAAGAUACAAAGAAAAUGGUGGAGAAGGAGGGCCGACAGUGCUUGUUGAUAGCGGGGGACCUUAUGGACAACAGAAAUUGCCAGAAUGCUGUGUCAAAGCAUGUCGAAACAUACGGCGAGGUUAACAUUCUGGUGAACAAUGCCGCGAAGCAGAUCAAGUGUCCAGACUUCGCGGAUAUCGACCUCGAAAACGUGGAGAGCACGUUCCGAAGCAAUGUCCUCCAAAUGUUUGCCAUGACCAAGUAUUCCAUUCCACAUAUGCCCCGGGGCUCAGCUAUCAUCAACACGACCUCAACGGUGGCUUUCCGAGGCACACCCUCCAUGGUCGACUACUCCGCCACCAAAGGCGCUAUCGUCUCUUUCACUAGGGCACUGGCCCAGAACCUCCUUCCCAAAGGCAUUCGCGUCAACGCUGUGGCUCCAGGGCCGGUCCACACGCCACUUCAGCCCGCUUCCCGGUCUGCCGAGGAGAUGGAAAUCUUUGGUUCGAAGUCCAAGGUCGGCAGGGUUGGCCAGCCGAGUGAGGUCGCGCCAAGUUUUGUGUUCCUAGGAUCUAGGGACUCAGAGCUGUAUUAUGGCCAGGUCCUCAAAGCCUUCCCUAUCGGGGAUUGA